AAGAUGGAUCCCGGAUGAAGAGUCACAAAAUUGUCAUUUAUGUCACCUAAAAUUUAGUCAGUUUAAACGGAAACAUCACUGUCGAAAUUGUGGACGUGUAUUUUGUAAUAAAUGCUGUUACGAAAAGGUGUCUCUACCCCAAUUUGGGACAGAAGAAAUGCAAAAAGUAUGUACAGCGUGUCGACCUAUUUCUGAAUUAAUUGCCAAAUCACGCGAACAGCAAGCAAAAUGCAAACAGGAAGCUGCAAUAGGUUUGGAUUCGAUGACGAAAAACAUUGAUAAUCUAGUACAAGUGAUAGAAUCAGGAGGUGUACAAACGUUAAUUUUUCUAGCGGCUCACGACGACGACAUAAUUAAGGAAGCUGUAGCUCAAUCACUUAAUACAUUAACCCAACAAAUGGCUCUGAUUCCUCUAUUGAAGAUAUCGGGUGCAAUAAAAGCCUUAAAACAUUUCUUAGCAACAUCUCAAGAUAAAGUUAAAAUAGUAAACAAUUCUCUCAGUGCCUUAGCUUUAUUUUGUAAAUGUUUCGAAGAUAAAGUAACAGUGUUACAAGAGGGCACCACACAACCGUUGUUAGAAUUAUUAGAGAAUCCUGACACUACCUCUCUAUUAGCAGCUAGGAUAAUAUGUUGCCUUACAGAAAAUCCAGAUCUUCAUCCCAUGCUUCUACAGAAUCCUUCUGCAUUAUACAAGAUUUUAAAUUCUCUUAAAACCGAUGAUUUGCAAAAAAAAGAAAUUUUAAUGAAGAUUUUAGCUUAUUUAUCAACUGGACAAGAGAAUUUACGACUCCGGUUAAUACAAGAAGAUCAAGUCAAUGGUUAUCCAAUACUAAACGCCUUAAGAGGAGAUACAAAAAAUACGUCACUUCUCCAAAGUACAGUCUGUUUAAUUGGCAAUUUAGCAACCAUUCUAGGUGAUCAGAAUGCUUUACAAUCUUAUCUAACAGAAGUUGCUAAUUUAUUAGAAAAUUACAGCGAAGGACCUAAAGAACUUGUGUUACAAAUAGCAAGAACACUUGCAAACUUUUCUGAAUUUCCACCCAGUUCGCUUCUAUUAGUACAACGUAUACAACCGGUGAUUAACAUUCUACUACGAUCGGAAGUAGAGUCAAUUCGAAUGCACGCCUGCAGGAUAAUUGUAUCUCUAUGGAACACCGAACCAUCCCUGACGUUGAACGAGUUAAUGAGAAACGGAGUGGAUACUUUUCUAGAAGAAAUGUUCGCUGUCGAUGGAGUUAUUAGUGUUUUGAUUAAUGUUUUUCUCAGGAAAACAUCCAGAUUAUCGUUUCCUCCGUGAUGAAAGAUCGUUGUUUGUCGAAUACGAUGCCUCAUUAAUUCUAGGGAAAAUACGUAGCUUCGUAGGUAAUUUUUUUUUUUUUUAAAAAAAAAGAGAGACUUUAAUGAGGAUUGAGAGGAGGAAUAAGGAAAAAAAAUGCUGCCAACUCGAUAAUUUCUGUGUUUAUAAACACAUCGGUGAUAAUUAUAUGAAUUUUUAACGCACAGAUUAAUAUAGAUGUUGAUGUUUAAGAAGGAAAAAUAAUUAAAAAAUAUCAUAUUUUGAAA